AUGGAUAUCCCUAAUUAUUUGAAUAAUUGCCAACUAAUGGGCAUGCCAGCUUUUUAUACACCAGAACCUUGUAAACUUUCGUCAGUCUUUAAUUAUUCCUUAUGGCACAAAUAUAUGAUGGAUAUGAUUAGUGAAAUUAAAGGUAUGAAAGAGUAUUUGGAAGAUCCAUCUGAAACCAUUGAUCCUUUUUUAGACGCAUGGCUGGAUCGUAUGCUUAGACAAAGUGUUAAAGAAGAAGUUUUAAAAUUCUUUAUGGGGAUUGAUCAUUUCGGCAAAUCCCUUUACAAAGCAAUCAAGGAGGAGUAUGGAGAAAUGUCAGAUGCCAACAAAAUUGAUUUUGUAUUCAUGACGAUUGACUCUUUAAAGGAUGAAAAUUUGAGUCUAGAGAACAGGAAAGAUAUUCAUAAUCGAUUGAGAUCUUUCUAUGAAACCUUGAGCGAGAAAGAAGUACUGGCGUUAAAAACUUUAGAAUGGAUGUACUGGGCCGGAGAAGAAAUUGCUAAAAGAUACAGAAAUUCGGAAAACCCGGUGUUAGAUAUUAAGCGUAUAGAUAAUUAUAUCAAACGUUUUGCUGAUCGCUCGCCAAAAUCAAAUCGACUGAUUGAGAUUACUCCAGGAUUAGCCAGUCUUAAUCAAUACCUUGAAGAAUUAAUUCGGUUGGAUCAAAAUCCAGAUGGAUCUGUACCGGGUACCUCGCGUGUUUGGACCAUUCAAUGUUACAAUUGUUAUGGUUUAGGACACACCCAAACUAAAUGCUCAAGUCCACGUAGAGAUGGUCCCAUCCCCGACCUCGAGAAAAAAAUGGAAAGAGCUUUGAUGCUAAACGGUGAUAUUUCAAGUAGGAAGAGAAGAAGAUAG